AUGGCGGUCACCACCCUACUCCCAGAUUCCUCCGUGGAAUCGGUGAAGCUGGCCGUUCGCUCGACAACAACAUGCUCCGCUGCCACCGUGUUGACGCUGCAGACGCUCUUUCGAGGCCCCGCCAAAACAUCACCAGGGACCAGCAUUACCACAGUAAGACAGACUACCAGCAAGACACUAAACAGUUCGACUUCGACAACACGAACGAAGACCUCCCGAACGACGUCGAAAACGAAGGAAGCCGCGAUCACCGCCCUGACCGAGACAGAUGCGGCCCGCCUGUCGCACCAGGAAAAGCUCGUGCUGGCCACGGAGGUUUUUAACACGACACUCAAGACCCUCUCGGAUGAACUGCGAGUGCAGAGUUCGAAGUCCACGGCGCCUCGCGUGCGGCCCGCGCAACCGCCCUCCCCGAAUGCCGACCCCGCAUCUUCGAGAAAAUUGAAGAGGUCACAGUCGACAACACCGGAGGUACAAGAUGGGGAGAGUGGGCUGGCUGGUGUGGCAGAAUGCGCGACGCUUGCGUUGGCGUGUUUGCGGACGUUGAAGAGUGGACAAGCGGACCAGGAAAAGGGGGCCCCCAAUGUGCAGUUGGAGCAGGGCGCGUGUGUGCUUGCUGGGAGGUUCCUCUCACUAGGAUUGAACGAUAUGGCGUAUAAGGAGCUGAGGGGUCUGAAGAGGAGGAUCCAACAGUAUCUGGAUAGCAGGGCUACGGCCCGCAAGAAGAGGACGGAUGAUGUGAAGGAGGAGGAUACCGCCAAGGAGCGCAUGUCGGACUUGCUCACGUUCACCAACGUCGAUAAAGCUGGGCCUCUUAUUGGGACAGUUGUGUCCUUCCAGUCGAAUGCCUUGCGUCUGAUUGCCUCGGAGAAGAAACUCUCGACCACCCAGAAAUUGCUGCCUGUACUGCAGCUUUCCAACCACGGCAGUCCUGCGGCAGCCAUUCUCAUGGCUAUGGAAGCGGGUGCUCUCGCCAAAGACAAAGCUGCCCUGCAACUUCAGUUACUGUCCAACACUUUGCUGUCUUUGUGCUCCGCAUCUCAAUCGUCGACAAGUACGAGUUCGACAAAACCAAUUACGUCACUUACCCUUCAGUUGCUGUCUCUCGAAACCCGCUGUUCGUCCUGGAAGCUUUCGGGCCAUAAGUGCGAUGAGGUGAAGGAAAUGUGGGACCCCCUGGCGCGCUACCUUGCCAGCUAUGCCCAUCACAGCAAGGGUAUUGAGAAAUCAGAGUUUGCGUCCGUCUACACGACUAUCGUUCGACUUCAGAAUGCGGUCUCCAACACGCCAAAACACUUCACUGAUACUCCCAAGGAUAAUCUCUGUGUUGCGAGGAUCGCCACCGUUCUAGGUCAGCUUGCCCAGGAGGCUGGUUGCCUCAAGGAGGCUCUGAAGCUCUUCACUGAAUCUCUGGGCCCGCUGUCCACCGGGCAGAGCAUCGGUCUGGCUACCGUGCACUGCAAAAUUUCGCUACUUCAUUUCCAUGCUCUCAAAACUUCGAAAACGUACGAUCAGGAAACCGUGGCGAAAUCACUGUCCAAAGCUACUGCAGCACUGGGCUUGCAGUUGAAAGGCAACACUAGCGACUUGGACGAACUGCUUGUGGCCACCACGAAACUGAAGAAGCUAGCAAUGGCUUGGUUUGGCGAGGCGAUAGCCGGAAAACACGAGGCGAAACUGCAGGAUAGCCCCAUCGCCUCUCGCAUUUACGACUAUCUCCCCGGCUUCCUUAAAUUCUUACGACGCUAUCUCGGUCGUCUACCAUCGGUGGACGAGGAGCCUAAGGAGUAUGAAUCGUUCGCAAAACGAGUGAGCGGCUCGAGGAAUAUCGUACUCGCUGCCGUGGACUCGAUCGUCGCGGUUGGCAAGGUGUCGGUCAUGUCGCAGCAACCUUCCUGGGAACACAUGCUUCCAGCCCUCACCGACUGCCAACGGCUUCUCGUGGCCGUGAACCUGUGCGAAGACGAGCAAAUCGAACAUAGCGUUGUUGAGCAGAUUGGCAUGGGAUUUGUCAAGUUAUCCAACGUCUUUUGGUCGCGAUAUAUCAAAGAAAAGGAAAAAGGAAAAGGCUACCGGGAGCUUGUGCCCCUGCUGAAGCAAUCCGCCAAUCUAUUGUCUGACUGCUCGACAUCCCAACGAAGCUCGGGGUUUGCAGCGCUCAAGUUCGAACGGCUUGCUCAUGCAUAUCUGGAAGGGAAUAUGUCAAUCCAAGAACAUAUCGCGACUGGAGCUCUGGAUCAGGCGAUUGAAGAGACAGCGGGAAGCUUCCCACUACGAUCCGGUCAAGAUCCAACAAGCAGCGGCUUCAUGCUUGGCCGUGUUCUUUCGACGUUCUUGAGAAUGAGCUUACGGAGCAAGACGUCAAAGCUACAGAAUGUAUUUGAUGACGAGAGCCUGGACUCCUUGCAAAGGGGACAUAUCUUGGACCACGGUGGCGAAGUUCAUCGUUCUAAGCUUACCUCUCUUUUGACCACCACUGUCGACAUAUACUCGCCUGAUGAACAUCCAAUCCGUCGUCUGCGACACCCGCACUCAUUGGAACCCUCAUUGCUACAGGAGCUUGCGUUGGAAGCAUCCGAGCACCAGGCCUUUGACGAAGAAUAUGGCGAUGACUCUGACUUGGGCUGUUACGCGACUUAUCUCGAAAACUCGCUUUGCCUCACUUCGGGGCUUCGUCGAGGUGAUCUGGGGCCUGAACAACUCCAGAACAUUAUAUCUGAUCGCAGUUCGCUGGAUCUGUAUGUCGGUGAUGUGGACUACUGCCUCCUACAAAUGAAGGCGGUGGUUGAUUAUACCGAGAUUCACGGCCUGUGGAAACUCCAAUUAUCCGCGCUGGAGCUGGAUUUCUCCGAAGGAAUUAUCAUUCUGUCACGCCUUGUGCUUCAGUACUGCCGACUAGGAUAUUGCCAACGGGCCAAUGACGUUUCGUGUCUUGCAAUCUUGUCUUACAAACUGGCCCAAGUUUGCUAUCUCCUCGAGACUGGGGAUAUCACCAAGGCAGCCGAUAUCCUAGCAGCAGCGCAAGGUCUGUACGAAAAGAACCAGGGAAACCAGGAUCUCAGCAACUGCUCCGUGCUGUCCAAAGUAGCUUGGGAAAGGCUUGUCGCUGAUGCAGCCUUUUUGAGCUCCCAACUGGCUUUUGCUCAAGGAAUGAUCAAAGACGCCCUAUUUCUUGCCAAGUUGUCUGUGAGACUAAACUGCCGAAUUUGGGCCAAGGUCGAAAAGAUUGCCCAAAGAAAGCAGGAACGGAUUGCGUCGACAAACGACAGCCCAGAACUCGAGGUUGUCGUAGAGGGCAUGGCAAAGCUCGAUGUCACCCAAAAGACUUCAACAAGUUCAGAGUCCUACUCUCAAGGUGCACCGUUUUGGCCUCACAUUGGCUCCCACAACAUCGCCCUGAUGAACCUUGCAAGCCUCUCUGCGCACCAUGGGCUGUUCCAGGAUGCCAUAUAUUACGGGGAGCAGGCACUGAAGAUCAACCAGACUCUGAACGCAAAUGUCCGUCUGAUCGCUUCCCAAGCACAACUCGGUUCUCACUGGAUAUUCGGUGGGCAUGUCAAAGAGGGCCAGGAGCUCCUGACUGCUGCAGAGGGUCUUUCCAGGCAGCUCGAAAGUAGUGUCGAGUUGGUCUCUCUGCAGAUGGGCCUUGCUUCCCUCCACAGGGCUCAGGGUAAUCACGUUGACGAAUUGAGUGCCCUGCAGGAGGCUGACAAAGUCAUGAAUGAGUUCGUCAUGUCCGAGACGUCGGGGCCCGGCGUUUCCGACCUAUCAGACAAAUUGGAUAAGAUGCGCAUCCAGGAACCUACCAGACGGACAAGAUCCACCACGACGACAACGAGGCCCACUACAAGAAGGACUCGCGGCACCACCCAAUCAGCGAAAACGGCACUUGUUGUGUCUUCAACCACCCCAAGCACGGAAUCAGAAUCCCUCUUGCAUCUCAAAAGUGACAUCCUCCGACAGCAGGCGGCUUGCUCGCGUUCACUUCGGGAUUUCGAAAGGGCAUCCUGUUUGUUGAACGACGCGCGGAAGCUUGCUUCGUCGAGGGAUACACAGAUCUCGCUCAACAUUGGAGAAAGUGAGCAUCUGUUAGCCGAUGCUAUACGCCAUUUUGCUUCGCACUCCGUGUAUUGCGUUCUUCCAGAAUCGACAAUCUCCUUGCCGUCGUUAGAGUCCCCCAAGCCUGGGAAGUCGAGCCAAGCUGCUUCCUCGACUAAGGAAGCUUCCACUCGCAGGACAAGGGCGCCGACGAAAGGAUCGCGCUCAAGGACACAGAAGGCGACCGAGGACUUUUCGGUCAUGCUUUCUAAAGCUGGUGACUGUCUCAACAACGUUUUUCCUACAGCUACAGCUUUGGGUUCUACUCUCGACAGCCAUGCGGCUUCCCGUUUGAUGAGCCGUAUUUCUAUGCUGUUCCAUACUACGGCCGCGGAUUGCACGCUGCCCUGGUCGCAAUCUCCGGCAAACGUGAAUGAACUUGGCCGCAUUGGGGCAUUUGCUCGCGAGCACGUCGCUAUCGAUAUUGACAAGAAGCUGACCGACCACUGCGAUCCCCUGAAUUGGCCAACGUGCGUAUCAUCAGCAAGUGAUGCCGACUCUCUGUGUGCCGACCUCACCAAGGAAUAUAUCGAUAUUCUCCCCGAGAACUGGAACGUUUUGUCGCUUUCCCUGAGUGCAGACCGCACUGAGUUCGUUGUUUCGCGGUUGCACCAAGGCCGCACCCCGUUUCUCUUGCGCCUUCCGCUGAAGCGGGGAAAUUCGGAUGACGAUGAAGAGCAAUUCACCUUCGAAGACGGGAGACAGGAGAUGCAGGAGCUCAUACAGUUGGCGAACGAAAGCGCGCACGCUGCCAAAGCUCAAAUCGACCGCCAGUCAAAGAAGCAGUGGUGGAAGAACCGGGAACAACUCGACCGUCGCAUGGAGAAUCUGCUACAGAACAUCGAAACCGUGUGGUUUGGAGGCUUCCGAGGAAUCUUCUCGCCCGUGCCGCAUGACAUAGCCCCUCUGGCACGGUUCGCCGAUUCUUUCCAGAUUGUUCUCGACAAACACCUCCCUUCUCGCCAAAAGGGGGGGCGAGCGAGCAGUCCGCGACUGACGCUGCAUCCUAAUGUGCUAGAGCUUUUCAUCGGCGUCAAGGAUCUGGAAGACCACGAAGAUCCCGAGGAUACCCUGAUGGAUCUUCUUUACUUUGUGGUCGACAUCCUGCAGUUCCAGGGCGAGCGCAACGCAUAUGACGAGAUCGAUUUCGACAUGAUGGUUGUUGAGACGCUGGAUGCUCUCAGGGGGUACCACGAAGCUGUCCAGAACGAGGACGGAAAGCAAGCGCCCAACCACACCGUCCUGGUUCUAGAUAAAGCACUGCAUAUGUUCCCAUGGGAGUCCUUGCCCUGCCUGCAGGGGUUCCCAGUCUGCCGCGUUCCGUCACUGGAGUGUCUCCGGGACCGAGUCCUCCAAUUCCGGAACGAACGCACCAAGAACGCAGGCCAGGGUCUCCGUCUCAACCGCAACAAGGGGACCUACAUCCUCAACCCCACGGGCGAUCUCCAGACCACUCAGGGGCUCUUCGAAAAAGAUUUGUCGCGACUAGACGCCUGGACCGGCGUCGUCAACCGCCCACCCACAGAAGAGGAAUUCAAAGACGGCCUCGAGUCAAAGGACCUGUUCCUCUACUUCGGCCACGGCAGCGGCGCGCAGUACAUCAGAGGACGAACCGUCAAGCGCCUCGACCGGUGCGCCGUAACCUUCCUCAUGGGCUGCAGCAGCGGAGCCCUAACAGAAGCGGGCGAGUACGAGCCGUACGGGACGCCCAUGAACUAUCUGCAUGCGGGGAGCGCCUCGUUAGUCGCUACCCUUUGGGACGUCACGGACAAGGACAUCGACCGGUUUGCCAAGUCGACUUUCGAGCAUUGGGGUUUGCUGGGCUCUGAUGCGGAGCGGCACUCUGCGGCGCGAGAGGUGGCGUUGGAUGAGGCUGUGUCGAGAUCUCGGUCUGCUUGUGUGUUGAAGUAUUUGAAUGGUGCGGCGCCGGUGAUCUAUGGGAUUCCGGCUGUGUUCUUGGAGUGAUGUUCAUUAUUGAUUGUUGAUUUGUUGAUUGUUGGUUGAUUGUUGAGGAUGGCGUUUGGAUUUGGAAGAUGGAUGCAUAGAGGCGUAUUGGUUGCUUUGAUAUGGGAUGAUUGCAUGGAUUUGUGUGUGGUGUUACUUUGCUUGCUCAACCUGGG